AUGAAUGUUACACCUCCGCGAGCUUUUGAGAAGAAGAUGGAGCAGCAAGCGCCCAUGAAGCUUGUUCCAAAAAUUAAGCCGGGGACCAUAACGGCUCCGAAGCCGCGUCCAGGAAAGCGAACCAGCCCGUUUGAGAUUCGCGACAUGCCUCCAACAGAGUUUCGUCUCUACUAUAACCGCGGAGACAUCCCCGCGUCCAUCCAGCACGGAUCAUAUAAUAACCGCCUCCUUUGGAAGACUGAACUUCAUAAUUUAGAUUAUCAUCACUACCUUCCGCUCUUCUUCGAGGGCCUCCGUGAGCUUCAGUACCCAUACAACAUCGUUGCGGAGCAAGGGACGCGAGACCUUUUGAUGGCAGGGGGCCAGAGGAUAGUUCCAGUCAUCCCCCAGCUGAUCCUCCCCAUCAAGCAGGCUCUUGACACGCGCAAUGAGUUUAUUAUCUGCCGCGUUCUCCGAUGCCUGCAGCUUCUUGUAAGUUCGGACGAUCUGGUUGGCCCCGCGCUAGUGCCUUACUUCCGCCAGAUUCUCCCUGUGUUCAAUCUGUUCUACACGAGAAACAUAAACAUCGGUGACUCUAUUUACUAUGGUCAAAAGGAGAAUAACAAUAUCGGCGACCUUAUUAUGGAAACUCUGGAACUGUUUGAGAGGAAGGGUGGCUCGGAUGCACUCAUCAACAUACGGUACAUGGUCCCUCAGUACCAGUCCUGCAUCUUGUAA